AUGAUUGAUAAAUCAAAACUAAUUACUUCUAAUUAUUUAUUAACUCGUUGUUUUGAUAAACUACCAUUAAUUCCAAAACCAGUUUUAACACCAACAAGUGAAUUAGAUAAUUACAUGUCAUCAGAUAUACACCUUCGUGAAAAUGAUGAUAUACUAUUGUUUUGGAAAGAAAAUACCGAAUUAUUUCCAAUAUUAUCAUCGAUGGUACGUGAUUUAUUUGCAAUACUAGCUUCAAACACAACAGUUGAAAGGUUAUUCUUAUCAUCAAAAAAUACUGUUACAGAUCGACGAACUAGUUUAAGCGGGAAAAAAGAUAAAGAUGCAUCAAUUAGAAACAAGGAACAAUUAAAAAGAAAAAUAUCGACAACUAAUGAUGAACAAGAUUUACUUAUUGAAGGCAAAAACAACUCUUUAUCAUCUACAAUGACUAAACGAAUAAAAAAAAUAGUGACACCCUUGCCUUAUGUAUCAGAAAUGGACUUUAGUGGAAUCGCUUGUGAUUUACGAGGCACCAAUGCAAAAGAAUUUAACACAGGUAAUAUUAAUCAUUUACGUCUUACUCAGGGUAGCCAGAUCAAAAAUUGA